AUGGAUAAGCUAACUGAUUCAAAGAUUAUGGAGUUAAGCAAAAGCAGCUUGCGAAGAACUAUGGAUGAGAUUCAUGAUCGCGCUUCUUCCAUUAUGUUGCUUAAUCUUCAAUGGAAAGAUAUGGAAAGAGUUUUGGAUGACGCUCAGCGUUCAGUUGAAGAACAACGGGAAGAGCUUAAACUGAAAGAGGAGGAGUUGGGUCUAAAAGAGAAGGGUUUUGAGAAGCGUUGUAGGGAUUUCGAGUUAGAGCAGAAGGAUCUUGAACGGAGUCGUGAUGAUCUUGAAAUUAGUGAAAAACGAUGCAAGGAGCGAUCUAAAGAGGUUAAGUCGAUGGAGAAAUUGGUAAAAGAUAAGUUGGAUGAAGUUGGAUUGAAGGAGAAAGAUUUGGAGAGAUGCUUGAGAGAGUAUGAAUCGAAAGAAGAGCAAUUCGGGUCAAAAGAGAAGAGUUUCAAGAAGCAAUUUAUGGAGUUUGAGUUGGAAGAAAAGGCUUCGAAAGAGCGUCUUCGAGAUCUUGAGUUUAGUGUGAAACAACGUGAGGAUGAGGUUAAGUCGGUUGAGAAAUUGGCAGAAGAUAAGUUGGAGGAAGUUGGAUUGAAGGAAAAAUGCUUGCUGGAGUACGAGUUGAAAGAAGAGCAAUUCAGACUGAGAGAGAAGAGUUUCGACAAGCGAUUUACGGAGUAUGAGUUGGAAGAAAAAGCUUCCAAAGAGCGUCUUCAAGGUCUUGAAUUUAGUCUGAUACAAUGUGAGGAUAAGGUUAAGUGGGUUGAGAAAUUGCUAAAAGAUAAGUUGGAGGAAGUUGGAUUGAAGGAGAAAGACUUGGAGAAAUGCUUGAGAGAGUGUGAGUUGAAAGAAGAGCAAUUCGAGCUCAAAGAGAAGAUUUUCGAGAAGCGAUUUAUGGAGUUUGAGUUGGAAGAAAAAACUUCCAAGGAGCGUCUUCGAGAUCUUGAAUUUAGCGUGACACAAUGGCAGAAUGAGGUUAAGUCAAUGGAGGAAUUGGUGAAAGAUAAGUUGGAGGAAGUUGGAUUGAAGGAGAAAGACUUGGAGAAAAGCUUGAGAGAGUAUGAGUUGAAAGAAGAGCAAUUCGGGCUGAAAGAGAAGAGUUUCGAGAAGCGAUUUAUGGAGUUUGAGUUGAAAGAAAAGGCUUCGAAAGAGCGUCUUCGAGAUCUUGAAUUUAGUUUGAAACAACGUGAGGAUGAGGUUAAGUCGAAGGAGAAAGAUCUGGAGAAAUGCUUGCGGGAGUAUGAGUUGAAAGAAGAGAAAUUUGGGAUGAAAGAUAUGAGUUUCGAGAAAAGUUUCAAGGAGUUUGAGUUUAAAGAAAAGGCUGUUAAAGAACAACGCAGAGAUCUUGAAAUUAAUGUAAAACAAUAUGAGCAUGAACGAAAGAGUCUUGAAGCGAAAGAGAGAUUGGUGCAAAAGCAGUUGGAAGAGAUUAAAAGGAAAGAGGAGGAACUCGUGCAACGUCGUAAAGAUAUUGAGUUAAAAGAAAGAAGUCUCGAGCCAUGUUUUCGGGCAGUCAAAUUAACGCAAAGCACUAUAAUGAAUGUUUGA